CUCCACUCACCUCCCCACCAAAGCAAUCUUCCCCCUUCAUUUGUGGAGUUCCAUUAUUUCCAUAGGCUCCAGUCCAAGCUCGCUCGCUUCGCUAGUAGGUCGUUCUUGCUUCGAUCUGAAGCUAGCACGCUAAGCAGCCAACAAUGGCGCGCAAGAAGGUGAACCUCAGGUGGAUCACCAACGACUCGGUCACUCGGCCCGGCGCGCGGCGUACAAGAAGCGCUGCAAGAGCCUGAUGAAGAAGACGAGCGAGCUCGCCACGCUCUGCGGCGUCAAGGCCUGCGUGGUGGUGUACGGGGAGGGCGGCGAGGCCCAGCCGGAGGUGUGGCCCUCCCCGCCGGAGGCCAGGCGCGUCCUGGAGAAGUUCAAGGCCGCGCCGGAGAUCGGCAGGUUCAAGAAGGCGCAGAGCCAGGAGGAUUUCAUCCGGAGCCGCAUCUCCAAGCUCCGCGACCAGGUGUCCAAGCUGGAUCUCGCGAACCGUGAGCACGAGACCGCACGGCUGCUCCACGAGAGCAUGGACGGAGCUCGGCCGGGCCUCAUCUGCACCAGCGUCGAGGAGCUUGCCAACCUCAGGUGGACGGCGGAGAAGAAGAUGGCCAGGGUUAAGGAGCUACUCCAACAGCAGAUCGCCAGUCAGGUCGCCCUCCCCAAGCAUCCGGCGUCGUCCUCAGCCCAUCCACAGCCACAAGCACCCUACACAGAGAUGCAGAUGCUGGCGGAAUCAGAGGAUCUCCAGCAGCCACUGCAGCAGGACUGGCCCACCGGCCUGCAGGCCCCAGCUGAUGUGGGGAUUGGGGAUGUGGUUUGCAACGCCAUCGCCAGUACCAGCAAUGGCCACGCUAGCCCUAGCAGCAAUGGAGGUGACAUGACCCCGGCUCAUCACAACCUGGAUUUCUGCUCAGGUUUCCCAUGGGCUCAGGAUGUCUUCCCUCUCUCUCCCAUGGAGUGAGAAGGUUGCUUCAGGCUCCAACCCCAACCAUCCAUGCAUAUGGCCAGUUCUAUUCGUGCAUGGUGAUUUGUGUCUGGGUCAUGUUCUAUGGUUUUUGUUUCGUCUGGUGUCUGGUGCUCCGUAGACCGUAGAGCAGAGUAGUUUAAGUUAUACUUUGUAGUGUUGCUUAACAAUUUUAAUUUGUGUUCAACAAUGUGGAUGUCGUCUUAGCAUGCAUCCUUGUGUCCCUUUUGGAUAAUUAGAUCAAUACUAUUGCUGGCCAUCUAUGUUUUCGUGG